GAGCAAUGAACGCUCCUUUUCAGGUCACUUAAUCCGAACUGGCAACUCUAAAUUCUGCGUGAUUUUGAGAUGUAUAUAUAAGCGUAUCAUCCACCACUGAAGCAUAGAAUCUUUAGCAAAGGCUCCAACAUGAAGACUGCUAUCAUCUUAUCCUUCCUGGCAACUGUGGCUUUAGCCGCCCCCCAGUACGGCUACGGAAGAGGCGGAGGAGACUCGAGCGAGGAGAUCCCCAUCCUGAGGGACGAUCGGGACCGCGAUGACUUCGGCAGGUACAGCGUCAACGUCGAAACCGCCAACGGCAUCGUACUGGCCGAUGCUGGAGCCCCCGAAGGACCCAAGGGCGCCGUUGUGGCCUCUGGAUUUUUCUCGUACACUUCCCCAGAGGGCAUUCCAGUCCACGUGAAGUAUGUUGCCAACGAAAACGGCUUCCAGCCCCAGUCCGACCUCCUGCCGGUGGCCCCUGCAUUCCCUCACCCAAUCCCCCAGUUCGUCCUCGACCAGAUCGCCUUCGCUGCCGAGGAAGACAGACGAAGCAGUUCCUCGAGAUCUUCCUCAGGAUCGUACGCUCCCCCUCCCCCUCGUUACAAUUAGACCAGUGCACUUCGACGUUGGAAUGCGGAACGAACGAAUUUAUUUAUUGUAAAACGUAAAUUAAACCCUAAUAUAAAGCAA